GACUGGCAGUAUGGCAGUCCUGGCAGGGAAGCAGGCAUACUCAUGCUCAAAUGUAUCAUUUUGAAACUCAAAAUAGUGUUUAGGGAUUGCCAGGAAAUCUGUUUUAAUAAUCGGACAUAAAGGUUUCUUAACAAAAAUGUACAAUUCGUCAAGAAAGGGGGCCGUGUCUGUUCUACUGGGGGUGACCAUGUGGCUCUGGGUGUUCCUCCAUGCCUCUGCGCUGAAAAACUGCCACCCUGGUUGUCGCUGUAAAGUAGAGAACUUUGGCCUGUUUGACAGCUUCAGUCUGACCAGGGUAGACUGUAGUGGGGUGGGUGCAGGCCCGGUCCCCAUCCCCAUUCCUCUGGAUACCUCUUCUCUGGACCUGUCCUCCAGCGCCAUCAGCACCAUCACUGCCUCCAUGCUGUCUGGGCCAGGCUACACCACACUGGCCAGCCUAGACCUGAGCAACAACCUCAUCUCCAGCCUGAAUGGAAGCACCUUCUCCAGGCUGCGCUACCUGGAGACUCUGGACCUGAGCCACAACGCUCUGGAGGAGCUGGGACACGGCUGUUUCUCAGGCCUACCCCUCGCAGACGUGGACUUGAGCAGCAACAGGCUCAGGCAGGUCUGGCUGGAUAUCUUCACCAACAAGGGCCACGGAGGACCCAUUCGUAUCGAUCUCUCCAACAACUUCCUGACCUCUGUCACGAGGGAUCCAGUAAAGAAUCCACCCAACAUCCAGAGGCUCUGCCUGGCAAGGAACCGUUUGAACGCCGUGCCCCGGCUCCAAGGCCUCCCUCUCAGGUCGCUGAGCCUUGACACGAACCCCAUCCCCAGGCUUGAGAGCGACAGCUUCACAGGCCUGAGGGAUCUAACCCACCUGUCUCUCAGUGGGCUGUUUGAGCUGAAGACCAUCCAACCACACAGCUUCAAAGACCUCUGUGGCCUGCAGGUUCUGGACCUGUCGCACAACAGCCAUCUGGGCCCACUGAGCGAGGAGGUGUUUGGCGGUCUGGUGGCUUUGCAGGAGCUGAACCUGUCCAACUCUGGGGUGGUUUCCCUGCCCAGCAACAUCCUCCACCUGCUGCCUGGCAUCAGGAGCAUUGUUCUUAGAGAGAAGGUGAACUGUUGGAAAACCCAGAGACAAGCUCAGUUUCACAGGCAUAUAGGACAAUCUAACAGAGGGGAAGAGCUGACAUGUGAUGUUAUAGGUAUUGUUUUGUGAGGUUUUGUUUCUACCAAGUCGAAAUGGCAAUGGAAUAACCCCUGAAAGGCAGAUCAGAUAAGACCAUAACAUAAAAGGUCAAAUGUCCCAGCUCUAUGGGGUAUUCUGUCAUGUCCUGACAUAUGUAGCCUAUAGAGAUGACAUUGUAUGUGAUACAAUGUCAGUGAGCAACUGUGGCCUUAUGGAGAUGCUUGGAGUCUCUUUUUAAGCAAUGCGCUCAUGAUACACAUCUCAGAUAAAAGUUUAUUGGUUUAAAUCAAAUCAGCAGAUGGAGGAAGAAACAACCUAAUAUAACCUUGGGUGCCCUCUGCUUUCUCACUCCUAGAAAACCAACAUCUUACUGAUUGCUAAAACAGCUAAAUGGCAUUAAAAAUGCAUCAGGAGAAUGUAACCCUCAGAACUACUGUAUGUCAAAAAUGCCGUUGAUGAAAUGCUAAGCAUUCCUCUGAUGUUUUGUUGACACAUUUAUCAGAUGUUUAAACAGGACUGUCUGGUAGAUUUUGAUAAAAUCUAUGUUGUGUAAGUAAGUCUAUGGAGGUAGACAAUGAGGCUGGGUAUAUACCAUUGACUAGACAUGCACUUUACAUAUGACUUACCCAAUGUGAUCAAAGUAGAGAAUUCUUAUUUAACUGAAAAUGAAUACAUUUCUGAAAACUCAAUGUUGGGCCAAAGAUUAAAAAAUAAAUAAAUGUAAGUAACAAUGUUCUUUGAGAGUUAAAUAUUGUAGUAGAGUACAGUUAAUAUAAGUGUG